UUAGCCACAAUGAAGGCUUGUCGUGCACUUGAUCUGAGUACGAUCACUCUGCUAUUGACAUCUGUGUUCCAGUCUGUCUGGAGUCUCUCAUCAAGAGUGUCCAGUGCAGUGUGCACGUCCAACGCAACUGCAUCUCACGAUUUACGAAAUUAUGUGUUGCAUCGCCGUGCCACACUUGCAGGAGAAAACAAGAGUUUCUCUACUGAUCAAUAUGCUUUCCAGGAGGAGACCCAUUUUAGGGGUUCAUACGAUUUCAGACGCGAAUCGAUACCACGCGUCCACGCCUAUGAUACUUCUCUUUUGUUGUCAUACAUGAAAAACAGAAAACCAGUUGUUAUUACUGGAGCCAAUGUUCUCGGUCCUGCCCAAACAGUCUGGGAUUUUGAAGACUCGUCGUUUCCUGUAUUUUGA